AUGGAUCCAAUCCUCUCUUAUCCUCCAUCUUCCAUUAAGAACAUGCAACAAUGGCUAAACCAUUUAACCAAAACCUUCAAUAACCAUCUUCAAACCAACACCUAUCUUCCCAUUUGCAUCUUCCAAAUACCCGAAACUCUAUCAUCCCAAAAACCAGCCUCUUACAUUCCUCAACAUAUUGGUCUCGGACCCAUCCACCAUUUCCAAACCAGUCUACUUCACAACAAGCAAAAACAACUCAAACUCAUCACAUCAAAAAAUAUUCUAACACGUUACAAAGUCACAUCAGAUUUCCAAAAAGUCAUACAAGAGAAGCUCAUUGUUGUUGUCCCGCUAGCUCGAUCCUGCUAUGAUAUAUAUUUCGAUAUCGAAGAUGAAUGUUUAGCAUGGGUUUUUGCUAUAGAUGCACUCUUCUUGCUAAGCAUUUUGUUGAAAGAAGCAAGUGAUCAAAUUAUUAGUCCUAAUUUGGAUUCUUUUGAUCAAGAUGUUACAAUGGUUGAAAAUCAAAUUCCACUUGUCAUCUUAGUUGAGCUACUAAAUGAACUUGGAAGCUUGCAUUUAAGCGAUGAUUUCGAUAACUUGUUUCUUCCGAGUUUGUUGGUUAAAUAUUGUGAAACACGGUUGCCAUUUAAGUUUACGACACAAGAAACCUUAGUUGAGCAAAUUGACAUAACUAAUAGAUUCCAUUUGCUUGACUGCAUGUAUCAUGUAAUAGUGAACCAUAAAUUACCACCUAAAAAUCCUUUUCUUCGAGUAAAUCUUGCAAAUUUUGAAGAUGUUGAAAAUGUGGUCCAAAUAGCGGGUGGGUUGUUUCCGGUUGCACAUGUGUUCUUGCAACCUAUUUUGGUCUUGUUGAAAUUACCAUGGGACAAGAUUAGUGGUUUGAUUUCGAAAAUAUUGGGAGAAAACCAUACAAUGUUGCCAGAAAUCGAUAUUCCAUCCGUUUCUAAACUUACAAGAAUAGGAAGGAUUGAAAUUUGUUCAACAUUAGGAGGUAUACAUGAUAUUGAAUUCGAUGACAAAAAGCUCACAUUUUGCCUCCCGGUUAUUGAUUUGAAAUCGCAUUCAGAAGUAAUAUUCAGAAACUUAGUGGCAUACGAAGAGUUAAUGUUCAAGAAAGGGAAUUUUACUCAACUUGAUUUCACCGAGUAUGUGGACUUAAUGUGUGGGAUUAUUGAUGAUGUCAAAGAUGUGAACAUUCUUCGUGAGAACAAUGUUAUCGAAGGUGAUAUGGAUGAUGAAGAAAUUGUGAAAUUAUUUAAUGGGAUUACUAAAUCGGGUGCGAAAAUGGAUGGAAAGAAGUCCGAUUUGCAAACAACCAUUGCGAAUGUUAACAAGUACUAUGGUAAUAUACCGAGGGUUAAAGUGUUGAGGUUCAUCAAGAAGUUGUUUCUUGCAUCUUGGAAAAUUUUAGCCAUCUUAUUUUCUAUAGUAGGACUAACGUUGAUGAUUGUUACAAGUGUGUGUCAAGUUUACGAAUGCAAGGAUCGAUUAGGGCUAUCUAAUGCUCGGUUGGUUGUGACUAACCAACUUGUCGAUUUUUAG